AUUUCUUAAUUGCCAUCUGCAGUUUCUCUCUGCACAGUAAUGAAGUGUCAGUUAACAGUAGUUACCCCUGAGGCUUAAGUCAUUCCUUACAAUAUGUAAACAAUUUUGGAACUUCACUUUUUAAAUGCUUAAGAGCAUUUGUUGUGAUCUGUCAUUCAGCUCAAGUUGACAAACUUGUUAUAAUUUGUGGCCAAAGAGUUCUCUGCCACUGUCACAGCAUUUCAAGAAACAUCUAUGCACACAAUCCAAGACUAAAUCAUAUUGAUGUUUCAUUUUGUCAGAAACAUGUAUUUUCAGUCGAACGUGAUACCACUGUUUUCACACCUGAAAAGCAGUGCUUCACAUGAGGCACUCUGAUAAAAUUAUACUGCUGGUUUAGAGCUUCCCUUUGUGUUCGGUUCCCUGAACAUGGCUUAAGUUAUUUCAGUGUAUCACUUCACAUGUAAAUGAACAUACUUUUCAUGUAGAAUGUUUCAUAAUUGCUGUACUGGUACAAUCUGGCUGUUAGUGGAGGUAUGCAGUUUCUGGACGAGACUCACGAUGUCGCUAUGCACCAGCUCUAAGAGCUUGUGUGUCGACACCCAUCCGCUGUUGUCGACCUUUAAUGUGACUGACGGUGCUGCAGUUCAUCAUCCGGAAAGACGGAGACCUGCUCUUGGAUUGUGUUGUUUUUGGUUUAAAUCCUUUUUUCCACCUGUGUUCCUGUACACCGACGAGGAAACGUUUCGUGUUUCAGAUCGGCGUUAUGGUGGCCGUCACGGGACUCGUAUUACAAAGCUGUAUCGUCGCUUUGCUGCUCUUUUCGUUGCAUUUUGCGAGUGGAGAUGUUAGCUAUUCGUUCUCGGAGGAGAUGAAACACGGAUCUGUGAUCGGAAAUAUCGCCAAGGAUUUGGGUCUGGAAACCAGCAGACUAUCUGCUCGAAAGGCCCGCAUUGAUACUGAUGGAAGCGACAAACGUUAUUGUGACAUAAACCUCCGUAAUGGGGAUCUGACUGUUGCCCAGAGGAUCGACAGAGAGGGCCUUUGUGGAGACAAAGCAACCUGCGUCUUAAAACAAGAGCUCAUGUUAGAGAGUCCAUUGGAAUUGCAUCGUAUUAGUCUUCAUGUCCAGGACAUAAAUGAUAACUCUCCACAGUUUAACAAAGAACUGAUCCAUAUAGAUAUUCGUGAAUCUGCCGACAAAGGCGCUCGCUUCCCAAUAGAAGAAGCACAUGAUGCUGAUAUAGGCAAAUAUUCAGUCCAGACGUAUAACCUCCAAAGAAAUGACAAUUUUAUUCUGGGCGUUGGAACCAAUUCUGUGGAACUUGUGCUUAACAAGGAGCUUGACCGCGAAAACUUGAAGGAAAUGAAUCUACUUCUUACAGCUCUGGAUGGUGGCUCUCCUCAAAGGUCAGGUACCGUAGUCAUUGAAAUCACUGUAUUGGAUGCUAAUGAUAACGUCCCAGUGUUCAGCCAGGCCGUUUAUAAAGCCAGUCUACCAGAAAACUCCCCAUUAGAUACUGUCGUAGUGACGGUGAGUGCUACUGAUGCAGACGAGGGACUAAACGGAUACGUUACAUAUGAUUUUGGACACGUUUCAGAAGAUGUUAAGUCAAUAUUUACCAUAGAUCCUAAAACAGGUGAAAUAAGACUGUCGACCGCAGUCGAUUUUGAGACAACGUCGUCAUUUGAACUACGUGUCACAGCGAAAGAUGGUUUGGGGUUAACUUCCUACGCAAAAGUCGUCAUAGAUGUGACUGAUAUAAACGACAACCCCCCACUUAUAUAUGUAAAAUCACUGACUGACCCCAUACCUGAGAACGUGUCACCUGGUACAGAGGUGGGCAUCAUUAACGUGCAGGACAGAGACUCUGAGAACAACCGACAGGUCCGCUGCUCCAUUCAGCAAGACGUCCCUUUUAAGUUGGUUCCUUCUAUUAAAAACUAUUAUUCUCUGGUGAGCACAGGACAGCUGGACCGUGAAGUGGUGUCUGAUUACAACAUUACAAUCAGUGCCACCGACGAGGGCUCUCCACCUCUGUCCUCGUCUAAAACUGUUCAGUUAUCUGUAGCAGACAUCAACGACAACCCACCUGUGUUUGAGGAGCAGUCGUACAGCGCAUAUGUGAGUGAAAAUAACAAACCUGGCUCCACUUUAUGUUCCGUGAGUGCUCGAGACCCCGACUGGAGACAGAACGGUACAGUGAUUUAUUCUCUGUUAGCCGGUGAGGUGAACGGUGCCCCGGUGUCCUCCUACGUGUCUGUGAACGGAGACACGGGGGUGAUCCACGCUGUGAGGUCGUUUGAUUAUGAGCAGUUGAGGAGUUUUAAAGUCCACGUGAUGGCCCGAGACAACGGUUCUCCUCCUCUGAGCAGCAACGUGACCGUCAGUGUGUUCAUAUCGGAUGUGAAUGACAACUGUCCUCAGAUCCUGUACCCCGCCCCGGAGGGCAACUCGUUCAUGACCGAGCUGGUCCCCAAAGCUGCCCACGGAGGCUCUGUGGUGUCCAAAGUGAUCGCGGUGGACGCGGACUCCGGCCAGAACGCCUGGCUGUCUUAUCAUAUCGUGAAGUCCACUGAUCCGGGCCUUUUCACUAUUGGUGUCCACAGCGGAGAGAUCAGGACACAGCGGGACAUUUCUGAAUCUGACAGCAUGAAACAGAAUCUUAUUGUGGCAGUGAAAGAUAACGGCCAGCCCUCUCUGUCUGCCACCUGUUCCAUGUAUUUACUGAUUUCUGACAACUUGGCUGAGGUGCCCGAACUGAAGGAUAUUUCUUACGAGGAGAAGAAUUCCAAACUGACGUCUUACCUUAUUAUCGGUCUGGUGUGUGUGUCCACGUUUUUUCUGACGUUCAUCAUCAUCAUCCUGGGUGUGAGGUUUUGUCGCAGGAGAAAGCCCAGACUGUUGUUUGAUGGAGCAGUCGCCAUCCCCGGCGCUUAUCUCCCUCCUAAUUACGCAGAUGUUGACGGCACAGGAACUUUGCGCAGUGCGUACAAUUAUGACGCAUAUCUGACGACAGGAUCAAGAACCAGUGACUUUAAGUUUGUGACGUCUUACAAUGACAACACGCUGCCAGCUGAGCAGACUCUGAGGAAAAGUCCAAGUGACUUUGCAGAAGUGUUUGGAGACUGUGACGGCUCUCCAGAGGUAGGCAUACAUUUAAUAUCACUGUCGUCGCAUGUUUAAAAUUCUGAAGAAACUUUCCUUCAGUGUUGGUAAUACAUUUUCUAAGUAUGUAGGAGCUCGUCAUCUCAUCUCCUUCAUGUUUGAAUUAGCUUCAUAUGUAUCAGAACCUAUCUAUCUGUAUUUUUUUCCUCGCCAAGUUCUGCGUACUGAAGUUGACGAGCACUUAAACCAACUUUUACAGAACCUUUCAACAUCUAACUCCCUGCCACACACACUCUCAUGCAUUCAAUUGCACAGUAUGCACCCACACACACACUCUUCACCAACAUUUGUCGGUUAUACUGUCAGUUAUAGUUAAGGUUUUAUAUGUUUUUGAAAGUAUGUUCUUCGGUUGUUAUAAGUCCAUUGGACUCCCUCUUGUCACAUGCUCGCUCUUUCUGGUGUUUCAGUGAGGGAAGAGUUUUCCCAUUGUGUUCCUUGUUACUCUGUCCUUGGUGCUGAACUCCACUUGAUUUGUUGAUGCAUUUUUAGAGACAUUUACUCCUCUCUUGAAUAUUUGUUUCACAACGUUUGCUAUUACACAACAUUUGUUAAAUUGCUUAUAUUUUUUCUCAAGGUUUCAUAAAGUUGUUACACUAAUGUGUUGUUACUGUGAGAUACUUGUCUGUGUCAAUGCUUAUCAGAAUAUUAUUAAUAUGAAUGGAUCAUUGGACUCAGUAUUUAAGCAGUUUGAAGAAACUGAAAAUUGAAUUUCUCUUGUUGUUUUAGUUUGCCAGUGGAGUCUC